AUGAAGUUCUCGUCUUCCAUCGUCUCUUGUUUCCUGGUAGCAGGCGGACUUGCCGCUCCUCAAAUCACAUCAGAGGCUCUCGCAUCACGUCAAGUCACCGAAGAAGGGAUCGCAGAGCUCUGCAAGAGCCCAGCUCCUAUAUACGUCCCUGCUCUUGCUGCGGCCUGCAAGAAGGGAGGACACCUCACCUCCCGUCAGUUUACCGAAGAAGGAAUAGAGGAGCUCUGCAAGUCCGAGGUUCCCAAAUACGUCCCCGGCCUUGCUAAAGCCUGUCAAGAUGAAGGGCAUCUCGACUCCCGUCAGAUGAUUGAGGAGGGGAUCGAAGAGCUUUGCAUGUCCGAGGCCCCGAAAUACAUUCCCAGCCUUGCCCAAGCAUGCAAGGACCAGGACCGCCUCGACGGUCUCAGCGCUCGCCAGGUGGCGGAGGAAGGCAUCGAGGAGCUUUGCAAGACCGAAGCUCCCCAAUAUAUUCCCGCUCUCGCUGAAGCCUGCCAAGAGGCGGGACACCUUGAGUCUCGUCAAAAUGACGAGCAGCUUUGCAAAUCCGAUUCUCCAAGGCAAAUGCCUGCUCUUUACAACUACUGCAAGAAGAAGGGUUACUAG